AUGGAAGCGGUGGCACCCCUCCAGAGCUCGAGCUCAAGCCCGGGCCCAGGCUCGGGCACAAACGGCAACACUAACGGCAUUGCCAGCACGCCGUUUGCUACUAUAGACCCAGCGCGCGUUGUCGAGCAUCUUGCUGUCCUCCUCGAAGCCGCCCUCGGCGCUACGCGAGACGAACUCGAGGCACCCGGCAGCUUACUGUCUAAGGCGCGCUACUCGGACACGGUCCAGCGAUGCUCACGCUUCGCUUUGGAUGUCCAGGUCGCUCUGUAUAUACAGAAAGAUCUGGCGCCCACAAAUUCUCUCAAGAAUGGAAACUCGGACGAGCAUGAACCCUUGCACAUAUUCAACAUCUCGACCGACCUCUCCUCGUCCGCGACGACUGUGGCUUUUCUCGUCCUUCUAAAACGGCCGCAACCCCUCGAUCCGAACAUACCCAUUACAUCGCAGAUCCAGAUGCUUAACCUGCCCGGUCCGGCGUAUUUGGCCGCGAGCGGGGGCGAGGGCCCCACGAGCUCCCCCUACGAGAUCCUCCAGCUCUACCUCCACAAUGGCCUCGCGCCAUAUUUUGACGCCAGCACCAAGAGUCAGCAGAUGCUCGGCGGGGGGAGAGGGCGGCCGGAUGUGGAUGCAAAGACGGGCAUACCCGUAACCAAGAAGCGGUGGACAGAACUAGAGCUCAGCUUAUCACACCUACAACAAAAUGUCGAGAUCCCCGAGGUAUCCCUGCCCUUUCACCCUCUUGUGCAGACGGCUCUCGACAUGGCGGUUUCCAGCAAGUCAAAGCCGUCGCUGGACUUGAUCCCAGCCACUGUACUACAGGACAGCACGUUUCUCAACAACUUACAAGCCACUGUCAACAACUGGAUCAAGUCGAUACAGGUCAUUACCAAGAUGACCAGAGACCCGACGACGGGCACAGCCAACCAAGAAAUCAAUUUUUGGCUGUCGAUGGAGUCGGCCUUGGAAGGCAUUGAGAAUCAGUUGAGAAGCGAUGGCGUCAUGCUCACGCUGGAUAUUCUCAAGAACGCGAAGCGCUUCCAGGCCACUGUCAGCUUUAGUGCUGAUACUGGAUUGAAGGAGGCCAUGGAGAAGGUGCAAAAAUAUAACCAGCUGAUGAGGGACUUCCCGCUUGACGAGCUGCUCUCGGCCACUACGCUACUCAAGGUGCAAGACUCCAUAGGACAGGUUUUUGCCCAUUUGAACAAGAAGCUGAGGAUAUGCCCGUACCCGAUUCGCCGCGCCCUCCCUUUGGUCGAGGCCAUUUCCGGAGAUCUGGACGAGGUCUUGCACCGCUUGUUGCCCGGGAUGGAACUAGUCAAGCUAGACUACCAGGAGUUCAGUAAUGUGAUGAAACAGGCCGACAAUAUCUUCAAGACAUGGGACGAGAACAUCAAGGAGUUCACCAACGUGGCCCGUGAAGUGACUCGUCGCCGCAACGAGAAGUUCAUUCCCAUCAAGAUUAACCCUAGGCAUGCCGAGUUGCAGGCCCGCUUGAAGUAUGUGAGCAAUUUCCGGGACAACCACGAGCAGUUGCAGCGGACCAUCGUCAACGUCCUAGGACCCCGAGCAGCAGCGAACGGGAUCAUCGAUGGGACUAUCACGAAUGGCAGUGCUAUUGUGGAGGAAAUCGGCGACGUUGAUGCCGUUGAAGAGGUUCGGCAGGCUUGGGAGGCCCUGAAAGACGUCGACCUGCUCGACGUGACCCCUGAAGGCACGCAGAAAUGGGCGCGGGCCGAGAAUAUCUACAAUGAGCGGACGUCGCGAGUCGAAAACUCCAUCAUUGCCCGGCUGCGAGACCGGUUAGCGACGGCCAAGAACGCGAACGAGAUGUUCCGUGUCUUCUCCAAAUUCAACGCGCUCUUUGUGCGCCCCAAGAUUCGUGGCGCCAUCGCCGAGUACCAAACACAGCUGAUUGACAACGUCAAACAAGCGAUAACAGCGCUGCAUGAGCGGUUCAAGCAGCAGUAUGGACAUUCGGAGGCACACGCCAUGGCGCAGCUGCACGACCUGCCUCCCAUAUCCGGUGCCAUUAUCUGGGCGCGGCAAAUCGAGCGCCAGCUAGACGGGUACAUGAAGAAGGUCGAGGACGUGCUUGGUGCCGACUGGGCAAUCCAUGCUGAGGGCCAGAGGCUUCAGAGCGAGAGCGAUUUGUUCCGCAAGAAGCUAGACACGCGCCCAAUCUUUGAGGCCUGGCUUCAGGAUGUGCAGCGACGGCAGAUAUCCAUUUCCGGCCUCCUCUUCAGCAUCAACAAGAUCCGGUCAGCUGGAAACGUACUGGAGCUCGGUGUCAACUUCGAUGCCCAAGUGAUUGCGCUCUUCAAAGAGACACGGAACCUGCUGUGGCUCAAUUUUGCUGUGCCGCACUCUGUCAACAACGUAGCUAAGGAGGCCAAGCGGGUGUAUCCUUAUGCUGUUAGUCUGAUGGAAAGCGUGCGGACGUUUGCGCAGACGAAUCGGCAGAUCUCCGACAUGUCCAAGGUCGCCGUGCUCCUAAGCGGCCACCGCAACGAGGUUUACGCCCUGAUUGCCAAGGGCGUGCCCUUGCGAUGGGAGUCAUUCGUCAACUCGUACGAGGUGCACUUCAAAGACUACACUACCAACGGGGGUCUUGGCUACACAGGUAAAAACGGCGAGAGCAAGCAUGUCAUGUUUAUCCGCGAGUUUGGCGCGGCGGUAUCUCUGCUGCAGACCAAGACAAUCACCCUGUCCAAUAUUCACGCCACGGUGCAAAAGGCUCUGACAGAGCUGGAGCGGUGCCCCUAUGAAGUCUCGGCUUUUGAGUCGCGCCUCGAGGCUAUCCAGAUUGCUGUCGACCAGCUCAACCUCGAACAGUACGUCAAUCUCGGCUUCUGGGUUGAGCGCAUGAACCGGCAGAUCAAGUCUGUUCUGCUGUCUCGCCUGCAGCAGGCCAUUCAGGCCUGGAUCGAGGCGUUUGAGGACGAGCACUUGGAGCGCUUGAGUGACCGCAGACGGACACUGGAGCCUUCAGAGGCCGUCAAGACAUAUGUGCCUGUGAUCAAGAAGCUCGUACACGAAGUUACGAUGCGGAACCAAGUCAUCUACCUCGACCCCCCUCUGGACUAUGCGCGCGCCAGCUGGUUCUCUCAGCUCCAAGACUGGAUUGGCGUUAUCUGCAACCUCAAAAAGAUCAAAGCUACGCGCUACCAGAUGAGCCUCAUCACGGCCGUGUACGACGAGCCGCGGUUCAACGAUCUCCCCGGCGAGUGCACCGACACGCUCCUGCGCGUGCAGACGUCGGUUGAGAACAAGAUCCGCGAACUCGGUUCUUACGUAGACAAGUGGCUCCAGUUCCAGUCGCUCUGGGAUCUGCAGUCGGAGCACGUGUACGAUGUCCUUGGCGACCAACUCUCCAGAUGGCUCCAGCUCCUUCAGGAGAUCAGGAAGACACGCCAGACCUUUGACACUACCGAGGUCAGCCGCUCCUUUGGUCACAUCACCAUCGACUACGACCAAGUGCAGACCAAGGUGAAUGCCAAAUAUGACCAAUGGCAGCACGAUAUUCUCAUCAAGUUUGCUAGUCGCCUGGGCACACGCAUGCGAGAAGUCCACGCCGAGAUUGAAAAGGCGCGGAAGGAUCUCGAGGGCCAUACGAUCGAGGCCCAUUCUACAGCACAGGCCGUGCAGUUCAUCACAAUUGUGCAGACAUGUAAGCGCCAGGUAAAGGUAUGGGCGCCCGAGGUAGAGACGUUCAGACAAGGAGAAUCGACCCUCGUGAGGCAGCGUUACCAGUUCCCGAGCGACUGGCUCCACGCCGAGCAGGUUGACGGUUCAUGGGAUAUGCUCAGCGAACUGCUCGCACGCAAAGCCAAACUAGUCCAAGAUCAGACAGAUGCUCUGCGGGCCAAGAUCAGCGCCGAGGACAAGGUGGUCUUGGGCAAGAUCGCCGAGAUUGAGAUCCAGUGGAACGAGGAGAAGCCCGUCUCGGGCACCAUCGCUCCAGACAUUGCCUCUGCCACGCUCAGCUCCUUCGAGUCUCGAAUUACCAAGCUGCAAGAAGAGUCGUCCAUGGUUGCCAAAGCAAAAGAGGCCCUGGACCUGGCGGCAACGCCCGACACCUCGCUUGGUGUUAUCCUCGAAGAAGUCCAAGAUUUCAAGUCAGUUUGGGCGUCUCUAUCGACCAUUUGGAAGAAUUUGAACGAGCUGCGUGAGACGCUGUGGAACAGCGUGCAGCCGAGAAAGAUCAGGACGUCCAUCGACAACCUCAUCAAGAUGACCAAGGAGAUGCCAAGCAGGAUGCGCCAGUAUGCCGCUUUCGAGCACAUCCAAACCAUUCUCCGCCAGCACAUGAAGGUCAACCCCAUGCUGGGCGAGCUCAAGUCGGAAGCCGUCCGCGACCGACACUGGACCAAGAUCUACAAGACCAUCAAGCCGGGCAAGCGCUACUCUCCCGUUUCGAUGACUUUGGGAGAUGUCUGGGAUCUCAACCUCGUCGCGUCCGAGGUAAUUGUAAAGGACAUCAUCAUGCAAGCCCAGGGCGAGAUGGCGCUCGAAGAGUUCCUAAAGCAGGUCCGCGAGACUUGGACUGGCUACGGACUCGAGCUGGUCAACUACCAGAACAAGUGUCGCCUCAUUCGCGGCUGGGACGACCUGUUCGCAAAAUGCAGCGAAAACCUGAACUCGCUCCAGGCCAUGAGACACUCGCCCUACUUCAAGGAGUUCGAGGAAGAGGCUGCGUCGUGGGAGGACAAGCUGAACCGGGUCCAUGUCCUCUUUGACGUCUGGAUCGACGUCCAGCGCCAGUGGGUUUAUCUCGAGGGCGUGUUUACGGGCAAUGCCGACAUCAAGCAUCUGCUUCCAAUCGAGUCCUCACGGUUCCAGAACAUCAACAGCGAGUUCUCAGCCGUCAUGAAGAAGGUCUACAAGCAGCCUAACGUACUGGAUGUCCUGAACAUUCCUAACGUCCAAAAGUCGCUGGAGCGGCUGGCCGAGCUGCUGAACAAGAUCCAAAAGGCGCUCGGAGAGUACCUCGAAAAGGAGCGUGUCUCGUUCCCGCGCUUCUACUUUGUUGGUGACGAAGACUUGCUCGAGAUGAUCGGCAACAGCAACGAUACGAUGCGCAUUGCCAAGCACUUCAAGAAGAUGUUCGCAGGUCUCACGGGGCUCGUCAUGGACGAAGAAGCCAUCGUCUCUGGAUUCACGUCCAAGGAAGGGGAGGUGGUGCGGCUGAAGAAGGAGAUCAACCUGGUCAAGACGCCAAAGAUCAACGACUGGCUCGCGCUCCUUGAGAGCGGCAUGAAGGCAACACUGGCUGAACUAUUGGCCGAGGCAAUUGAGGAGUUCACGCCCAUCUUUGCGAGCGAGAGCAUCGACCCGGCCGCCCUAGACAAGUUUAUGGCUACCUAUCCUAGCCAAAUUGUGGUGCUGGCCACCCAGGCUGUCUGGACUACCGAGGUGGGCCUGGCGCUGACCGAUGGCGGGAAGAAGCUGCAGUCUCUGUUUGAUCGCGAGGUGCAGGUGCUCCGCCUCCUUGCCGGCACCGUCCUCGGCGAUCUCGAGGUGCUGCUGCGCAAGAAGUGCGAGCAGCUCAUCACAGAAUGCGUGCACCAGCGGGACGUCAUCGAGAAGCUGAUCAAGCUCGGGGCCACCUCCAACACACACUACAUGUGGCUACUCCAGAUGCGCUAUGUCUACGUUCCCGAGGGCGACUUCUUGCAGCGGCUCCAUAUCAAGAUGGCAAAUGCCAAGCUCAACUACGGCUUCGAGUACCUCGGCGUGCCCGACAGGCUGGUCCGGACGCCCCUGACGGACCGCUGCUUCCUGACCCUGACGCAGGCUCUUUGCCAGCGCCUGGGCGGCUCUCCCUACGGCCCUGCAGGCACGGGCAAGACAGAGUCUGUGAAGGCUCUCGGUAUCCAACUCGGCCGCUUCACCCUCGUCUUUUGCUGCGACGACACGUUCGACUUCCAGGCCAUGGGUCGCAUCUUCCUCGGUAUCUGCCAGGUCGGUGCCUGGGGCUGUUUCGACGAGUUCAAUCGUCUCGAGGAGCGGAUUCUGUCUGCCGUUUCUCAGCAAAUUCAGAAUAUCCAGCUUGGUCUGAAGCAAGGCGCAGAGGAUGACAAGUCUCAGAUCGAGCUCGUCGGCCGCCAGCUCCGCGUCAACGCCAACACGGGAAUCUUCAUCACCAUGAACCCGGGCUAUGCUGGUCGCUCCAACCUGCCGGACAACCUGAAGAAGCUGUUCCGCAGUGUGGCAAUGUCCAAGCCGGACAAGGAGCUUAUCGCCGAGGUCAUGCUCUACUCGCAGGGCUUCAACCAGGCGAAGCAGCUCUCCAAGCACACGGUGCCAUUCUUUGACGAAUGCGCCGCCAAGCUGUCAAAGCAAGCCCAUUAUGACUUUGGCCUUCGUGCAUUGAAGAGCGUCCUCGUGAGCUCCGGUGGUCUGAAGCGCGCCCGCCUGACUAGCAGCGACGGCCAGCUUGGCGCCGAAGAUGUCGUUGAGCCUGAAAUCAUUGUGCAGAGCAUCCGGGAGACGAUUGCUCCCAAGUUGAUCAAAUCGGAUGUCGAGAUCAUGAUAGACAUUGAGGGGCUCUGCUUCCCCGACGUCAAGUAUGUACCGGCCAACCUAGUGCAGCUCGAGGCCGCCAUCCGCCGGCUGGCGGCCGAGAGGCAGCUCGUGGUCAAUGAUAUGUGGAUGACCAAGGUCCUCCAGCUGUACCAGAUCCAGAAGAUCCACCACGGUGUCAUGAUGGUGGGCAACUCGGGCUCAGGAAAGUCGGCUGCCUGGAGGCUUCUCCUGGACGCUCUUCAGCAGGUGGAGAAUGUCGAGGGCGUGUCGCACGUCAUCGACAGCAAGGUCAUGUCCAAGGAGGCGCUCUACGGCAACCUCGACUCGACCACCAGAGAAUGGACCGACGGCCUGUUCACUAGUAUCCUCCGCAAGAUUGUCGAUAACCUCCGGGGCGAGGACACCAAGCGCCACUGGAUCGUGUUCGACGGCGAUGUCGAUCCCGAAUGGGUUGAGAAUCUGAACAGCGUGCUCGACGACAACAAGCUGCUGACGCUGCCCAAUGGCGAGCGUCUCAACCUGCCCCCCAAUGUGCGCAUCAUGUUUGAGGUUGAGAACCUAAAGUAUGCGACCCUGGCCACUGUUAGUCGAUGUGGUAUGGUGUGGUUCAGCGAGGACACGGUCACGCCCAGCAUGAUGGUGGCCAACUACCUCGAGACUCUGCGCACCAUCGCGUUUGAGGACCUGGACGAGGAUGCUGUCGCCACGGGCCAGAGUUCUGCAAAGGCGUUGGCUGUGCAGAGCCAGGCGGCCGAUCUCCUGCACGCCUACCUCACCACUGACGACUUCAUCCUCGCGGCGCUGAAUCAGGCCGAAGAAUUCAACCACAUCAUGGAGUUUACAGUGGCUCGCGUUCUCAGCACCAUGUUCUCGCUCCUGAACAAGGCCGUUCGCGAUAUCAUCGAGUACAACUCGCAGCAUCCUGACUUCCCGCUCGAGCCGGAGCAGGCCGAGGCGUACAUUGCCAAGAAGCUCCUCCUCGCGCUAGUGUGGGCCCUGACCGGCGACUGUCCGCUGAUGGACCGCAAGGCGUUUGGCGACAAGGUUGCUGGCCUGGCCAGCUUUGGUUCGCCGCCGCUGGACGGCGCAAGCUCGCUCAUCGACUUUGACGUGUCGCUGCCCAAGGCCGAAUGGACGCCCUGGCAGAACCAGGUGCCGACUAUCGAGGUCAACACGCACUCAGUCACGCAGACGGACGUGGUCAUCCCGACGCUGGACACGGUCCGCCACGAGGAUGUUUUGUACUCGUGGCUGGCCGAGCACAAGCCGCUGCUCCUUUGCGGCCCUCCCGGUUCCGGCAAGACCAUGACGCUGUUCAGCGCCCUGCGCAAGCUUCCAAACAUGGAGGUCGUCGGUCUCAACUUUUCCAGCGCCACCACUCCAGACCUGCUCAUCAAGACGUUCGAGCAGUACUGCGAGUACAAGAAGACGCUCAACGGAGUCAUGCUGUCGCCCACACAGAUCGGACGCUGGCUGGUCAUCUUUUGCGACGAGAUCAAUCUGCCGGCCCCCGACAAGUAUGGCACCCAGCGAGCCAUCUCUUUCCUGCGCCAACUUGUCGAGCACAACGGGUUCUGGCGGACGUCGGACAAGUCUUGGGUCACACUCGACCGGAUCCAGUUCGUCGGAGCCUGCAACCCGCCCACCGAUGCCGGCCGCACGCCAAUGGGCCCUCGGUUCCUCAGGCACGCGCCACUCAUCAUGGUUGACUACCCCGGCGAGCAGUCUCUCAUGCAGAUCUACGGCACCUUCAACUCGGCCGUGCUCAAGAUCAUCCCUUCGCUGCGUGGCUAUGCCGAGCCCCUUACGCAGUCUAUGGUGCGGCUCUAUCUCGAGUCGCAGCAGCGGUUCACGCCUAAGAUCCAGCCCCACUACGUCUACAGUCCCCGUGAGCUCACGAGAUGGGUGCGCGGCGUGUACGAGGCCAUCCGGCCUCUUGAGACGCUGUCCGUCGAAGGACUCAUCCGCAUCUGGGCCCACGAGGCACUCCGCCUGUUCCAGGAUCGCCUGGUUGCUGAAGACGAGCGCAAGUGGACCGACGACGCCGUGCGGCGCAUUGCCAUGGACUUCUUCCCCACGAUUGACGAGCAAAAGGCUCUCGGCGGCCCGAUUCUGUUCUCGAACUGGCUCUCCAAGCAUUAUGUGCCCGUCGACCGCGAGCAGCUGCGUGACUUUGUCAAGGCUAGGCUAAAGACGUUCUGUGAGGAAGAGGUCGACGUGCCGCUCAUUCUGUUCAACGACGUGCUGGAGCACGUGCUUCGUAUCGAUCGUGUCUUCAGGCAGCCGCAGGGCCAUCUGAUCCUCAUCGGCGUCAGCGGUAGCGGGAAAACUACGCUGUCGCGCUUCGUGGCCUGGAUGAACGGCCUCAAGGUGUUCCAGAUCAAGGUGCACGGCAAGUACUCGGCCGAAGACUUUGACGAGGACCUCCGAGAAGUGCUCCGGCGCUGCGGCUGCAAGGGCGAGAAGAUAUGCUUCAUCAUGGACGAGUCCAAUGUCCUGGAUUCCGGCUUCCUCGAGCGCAUGAACACGCUGCUUGCCAACGCCGAAGUCCCCGGCCUCUUUGAGGGCGACGACCUGGCAGCGCUCAUGACGGCUUGCAAGGAGGGUGCACAGCGCCAGGGCCUACUCUUGGACUCCCAGGAAGAGCUCUACAAGUGGUUCACGGGACAGAUUGUCAAGAAUCUCCACGUCGUCUUCACCAUGAACCCGCCUGAGGACGGCCUGUCGUCCAAGGCUGCAACAUCGCCCGCGCUCUUCAACCGCUGCGUCCUGAACUGGUUUGGUGACUGGUCCGACCAGGCCCUCUUCCAGGUCGCGCACGAGCUCACUCACUCGGUCGAUCUGGAGCGGCCCAACUUCAUCGCUCCAGACUCGAUUCCGGUCGCCUACCGCGGGCUUAACCUGCCGCCGUCGCACAGAGAGGCGGUCGUCAACUCGAUGGUGUACAUUCACUACUCUCUGCAACGCUUCAACGAGAAGCUCCUCAAGCAGCAGGGCCGGGUCACGUUCCUCACGCCGCGCCACUUCCUCGACUUUGUGGCGCAGUAUGUCAAGUUAUAUAACGAGAAGCGCGAGGAUCUCGAAGAGCAGCAGCGCCAUCUCAACGUCGGUCUCGAGAAGCUGCGAGACACGGUGGACAAGGUCCGGGAUCUCCGCGUCAGCCUCGCCGAGAAGAAGGCGCAGCUCGAGCAGAAGGACGCCGAGGCAAACGAGAAGCUGCAGCGCAUGAUUGCGGACCAGCGAGAGGCCGAGCAGCGGAAGAACACGUCGCUCGAGAUUCAAGUGGCUCUGGAGAAGCAGGAGGCCGAGGUGGCGUCGCGCAAGAAGAUUGUGCUCCAAGACCUUGCCAAGGCCGAGCCGGCCGUCGAAGAGGCGAAGGCCUCGGUCAGCAACAUCAAGCGCCAGCAUCUCACAGAGGUGCGGUCCAUGCCCACGCCCCCGUCGGGCGUGCGGCUGGCUCUAGACUCGGUCUGCACGCUGAUCGGCCACAAGGUCAACGACUGGAAGCAGAUCCAGGCCGUCGUGCGUCGCGACGACUUCAUCGCCAGCAUCAUCAACUUCAACAACGAGAAGCAGAUGACAAAGGCGCUGCGCCUCAAGAUGCGCAACGAGUUUCUGGCCAACCCCGAGUUCACCUUUGAGAAGGUCAACCGCGCCAGCAAGGCCUGCGGUCCCCUCGUCCAGUGGGUCGAGGCGCAGGUCACUUACGCUGAGAUACUGGAUCGCGUUGGGCCCCUGAGAGAAGAGGUGAAUCUGCUGGAGGAGCAGGCGCUGCAGACAAAGGCCGAGGCGAAGGCGGUCGAGAUGACGAUUGACAACCUCGAGACCAGCAUCGCCACCUACAAGACGGAGUACGCCUCGCUCAUUAGCGAGACGCAGGCCAUCAAGUCGGAGAUGUCGCGCGUCCAGUUCAAGGUCGACCGCAGCGUCAAGCUGCUCGACAGCCUGUCGUCUGAGAGGACGCGCUGGGAGGAGGGCAGCAAGUCGUUUGAAACGCAGAUCAGCACGCUCGUGGGUGACGUCUUGGUCGCGGCGGCGUUCCUGGCUUAUAGCGGCCUGUACGAUCAGACUUUCCGCAAAUCGAUGAUGGAAGACUGGCUGCACCAGCUGCACCUCUCGGGCAUCAACUUUAAGCCGCACAACCCUGUCACGGAGUAUCUCUCCACGGCAGACGAGCGGCUCGGCUGGCAGGAGAACACGCUCCCGGUCGAUGAUCUAUGCACCGAGAAUGCCAUCAUCCUGAAGCGCUUCAACCGCUACCCACUCAUCAUCGACCCCUCGGGCCGCGUGACCGAGUUCCUACAGAAAGAGUGCAAGGACCGCCGCCUCACCGUCACGAGCUUCCUGGACGACUCCUUCACCAAGCAGCUCGAGAGCUCGCUGCGCUUCGGCAAUCCCAUCCUCAUCCAAGACGCCGAGCACCUCGAUCCCAUCCUCAACCAUGUGCUCAACAAGGAGUACCAAAAGACGGGCGGCCGCGUGCUGAUCCAGCUCGGGAAGCAGCAGAUUGACUUUUCGCCCUCGUUCAAGAUCUACCUGUCGACGCGGGAUCCCUCGGCGACAUUUGCCCCCGACAUUUGCAGCCGCACCACGUUUGUCAACUUCACCGUGACCCAGAGCAGUCUGCAGACUCAGUCUCUGGCCGAGGUGCUCAAGUCGGAGCGUCCCGACGUGGACGAGAGGCGCUCCAACCUCAUCAAGCUGCAGGGAGAGUUCAAGGUCCAUCUGCGGCAGCUCGAGAAGCGUCUCCUGCAGGCCCUCAACGAGUCGCGCGGCAACAUCCUCGACGACGACAAUGUCAUCGAGACGCUCGAGACGCUCAAGACGGAAGCGGCCGAGAUCUCGGCCAAGAUGAGCAACACGGAGGGUGUCAUGGCCGAAGUCGAGGAGAUCACUCUGCAGUACAACAUCAUUGCCCGCUCCUGCAGCGCCGUCUUUGCCGUGCUCGAACAGCUGCACUACGUCAACCACUUCUACCAGUUCUCGCUGCAGUACUUCCUUGACAUCUUCCACUCGGUCUUGCAUGGCAAUCCAAACCUGGCCAACGAGAUGAACCACAAUGUUCGCCGUGACAUCAUCGUCAAGGACUUGUUCGUAACGACGUGCAAGAGGACUGCGCUGGGGCUGCUGCAGAAGGACCGCACCACCCUAGCCAUGCUCCUCGCCCAGGCGUCCCCGUACAAGAUGGACAAGGGCCUGCUAGACGUGAUCCUAGAUGACCGCGUCGAGGGCAAGGACGUGUCUUCGGACGGCGGGGCCAAGGGCGGCGCCUUUGCCCGCGCGAGACGACUUGCCGUCUUCAAGGACAAGCUCGACGGCGUGUCAGCGUCCGAGUGGGACAGGUUUUUCACCGAGGAGCUCGCCGAGAAUUUCGUGCCCCAGCUCUGGGACAACAGCACCGAGGCGAACGACAAGGCGCUGAUGUCCCUGCUCCUAGUGAAGCUCUUCCGCCUGGACCGAUUCGUGCCGGCUGCCGAGCGAUUCGUCACGCUGGUCUUUGGGUCCGACCUCUUCGACAUUGUCGAAGACUUGAAGCAGACGGUCGACCAAGUCUCGGCCACGCGGCCCAUCGCCCUGGUCUCGAGCCCCGGCUUUGACGCCUCGUACAAGGUCGACAGCCUCGUCGAGCGCAUGCGCGUCCGGUGCACCAACAUUGCCAUGGGCUCCAACGAGGGCCUAGCCAGCGCCGACAAGGCCGUGGCCAACGCGGCGCAGACGGGGUCGUGGGUGCUGAUCAAGAACGUACAUCUCGCGCCAACGUGGCUCCAGAGCCUCGAGAAGCGCAUGGACUCGCUAAAUCCCAACCCGGACUUCCGCCUCUUCCUGUCGAUGGAGUCGAGCCCCAAAAUCCCCGUCAACCUGCUCCGCGCAUCGCGCGUGCUCAUGUACGAGCAGCCGGCCGGCGUGCGCGCCAACAUGAAGGACUCGAUCUCGGCGCUGUCGACGCGCUCGGCCAAGAGCCCCGUCGAGCGCACCCGCCUGUACCUCCUCCUCUCAUUCCUACACGCCGUCAUCCAGGAGCGGUUGCGGUAUGCCCCCACCCUUGGCUGGAAGGGCUUCUGGGAGUUCAACGAUUCUGAUUACGAAUGCUCGGCGUUUGUCAUCGACACGUGGGUCGACGUGGUGGCGCAGAACCGCACAAACAUUGCGCCCAGCAACAUCCCCUGGGACAUGAUCCGGUACCUGGUGACGGAGACGUACGGCGGCAAGAUUGACGACGAAGGCGACUUCAAGAUGCUAGCGCAGCUCGUGCACACGUUCCUAACGCCCGCCGCCUUCGACAUUGGCCACAAGCUGGUCGACGGCCACGACGACAGCGCCGGCGAGGGCGACCUGGUCGUGCCCUCGGGCACCUCGCUCCAGGAAUUCAUGGUGUGGAUCCAGAAACUCCCCGAGCGCGAGCCGCCCACGUACCUCGGCCUACCAGCCAACGCCGAGAAGCUGCUGCUAGUCGGCCUCGGCCAGAGCCUGAUUGGUAAUCUGAAGAAGGUCACCGAUCUGUUGGACGAGGGCGAGGCCCUGAUGACUGAGCUGUGA